CCGCCGCUCCCAGCGCCGCCGCCGCCGCCGCCGCCGCCUCCCCUCAGCCUCCCGGUCUCUCCUCGCUCUCCUUCCAUCGCUCUCGCCCCCUCUCCCUCCGUCCCGUCCUCUCGGCUCCCCUCACCCCGCCUCUCUCCCCCUCCCCCAGCCCCUCCUCUCCUCACCCCACCCUGCCGCCCUCCCUCGCUCCCUCCGCCCGCCCGUCCGGCGCUCGCAGAGUCGACACCAGGGGGGCUCUCGAUGUAGCACCAUGACAGGCAUCGCCGCCGCCUCCUUCUUCUCCAAUACCUGCCGCUUCGGGGGCUGCGGACUCCACUUCCCCACCCUGGCCGACCUCAUCGAGCACAUCGAGGACAACCACAUCGAUACAGAUCCACGUGUUUUAGAAAAACAAGAAUUACAGCAGCCAACCUAUGUUGCCCUCAGCUACAUUAAUAGAUUCAUGACAGAUGCUGCCCGCCGAGAGCAGGAGUCCCUAAAGAAGAAGAUUCAGCCCAAGCUCUCGCUGACCUUGUCCAGCUCCGUGUCUCGAGGGAAUGUGUCCACGCCACCACGCCACAGCAGCGGAAGCCUUACUCCCCCCGUGACCCCGCCCAUCACCCCCUCCUCCUCAUUCCGCAGCAGCACUCCAACAGGCAGCGAGUACGACGAGGAGGAGGUGGACUACGAGGAGUCGGACAGUGACGAGUCCUGGACCACGGAGAGCGCCAUCAGCUCCGAAGCCAUCCUCAGCUCCAUGUGCAUGAACGGCGGGGAAGAGAAGCCUUUUGCCUGCCCAGUUCCUGGAUGUAAAAAGAGAUACAAGAAUGUGAAUGGCAUAAAGUACCAUGCCAAGAAUGGUCACAGAACACAGAUUCGUGUCCGCAAACCAUUCAAAUGUCGUUGCGGUAAGAGUUACAAGACAGCUCAGGGCCUGCGGCACCACACAAUCAAUUUCCACCCCCCAGUGUCGGCCGAGAUCAUCAGGAAGAUGCAGCAAUAACAUGCUGGUCGUAACUGUGCCAAGAAAUCCUCACCAGCAGUUGCUGAUUUUGAAAACAGCCACCUUUUUUCAGGGGGAGCAUUCAGCAACCCUUUAAAGAAUUAAAUGCAUGCUUUAAACUUUUUUCUGUAAUUUUGGAAUGAUGUAUCUUUGUAGAGUCAAUGAUUUUGUACAUUUGCACAUGUAAUCAUCAUACCAUUUUCAUUACUUUGAUAUAAGGUGCUAAAAAAAGCUCUAGGUUCUCAGCACAUUUACCCCAAAACAAACUACGGUGGAGGGCAUGUUGCAUACUGUUCUGGUGUCUUGCAGUGAUCGCUGUUGGGGGGAGGAGGGGCUGCACUGAGGUUUGUUUUUUUCCCCAAGAUUGUAACGUGAUUGAGGUUUUUCAACACAUCAACUAUGUUCAAACCAAAAUCAUCAUCAAACUGGUUACCAUGCCUUACAUAACGGAGUUAGAAUUUGUGAUUAGAAAGAGUUUAGGUAAUGGAAAUGUAAAUUAAGAAAGAAUGUUUAACAUAAUAUGCUAAAAGUAUUUUCAUAUUUAAAUAACAUACAUAAAGGUGUGCUUUCUGUGUCUUAUCUUGCAAGUCCUUUUGCCCUUUGAAAAGCUGAAAAUCUUGCCAUCUGACUUACCAAUUACCUUAGUGUUAUAAAUAGCAUCUUUGUGCAACAGUCUGUUCAGUUCUCAUCGACCAAGCACAUUCAUUGAGUGCCUGGCUGGGUGCAAGGGGUUCGAUUUGUGCAGACUGUUAUCUGCAGACCAAGAUACCCAUUUAACGAAGAACUUUUCCCUGAGAUCUGUUAGGAAACACUUUUAAAUACUUACGUGCAAAUUGUGUGUGUACAUUAGUUCUAUCUUCAUCUUUAGGUGAAGUUUUAAAGCACUUUGUAGUUCUCUAUUGCCAACAGAGUUAAUGUUUUAUGUGUUGCCAAUUCUUACAACCACUGCCCUAAUAAACCUGUGGGUCGCAAACAAGAAUUAAAAUUCUAAGCACGGUUCAAAGGAACAUUUUUUGUUAAGGACCCUAUCGCUCCUUCAUGUUGUGUUUUUAGACUUUUUAAAGGCACUUUCCUAUCACAUUGGAGAUGUCUGUAUUCCAUGGGAAAUGUCUGUUUAGCUUUAUGGAACAAUUUGCCGAAAAGAAAUUGAGCCUUAUUGACAAUUAAGUGCUUUCUUGCAGCAGGUGGUCAGGGUGACUAAUCUGUGACCUGUCAGAGUAACCUACGUCUGGACCAUCCCUGAGGUUUUUCUCACCAACAGUACCAUCAUGCCUUGCAUGUUCUUUUCUCCCAAGUGCUAUUCCUUAAACAUGAGUUUACCAAUUGCCUCAUAUGCAAUAAAAGUUGCUGAGAUAGCCAACUGCUCACAAAACUGGUGAAAAGCAGAGUUGCAUUGCUUACAACUUUCUUCCUAUUCUCAUUUGAUUCAAGUUUUACUGCUGGGAAGCAGGUGUCCCUCCUCAAUUUUUCAGACAUUUUGAAAAGACGAGACAAUUCUGUUAGCCAGAUGAGUAAGCUUCUAUGUGCUUAAGUUGGAACUCACUCAAAUGAGAAAUUUUUAAGUUUUUGCAAAGACACUGCCCUCUAAGAAUUCCCUCAGCUCUCCGCAGAGUGGUCUUGGUCCUGAACACACAGUGCUAUCCUGGAUGUUUAAAAAAGGGUGAUCCAGACAGGAAAAGCCACUACUUGGUGCAUAAGAAGGUCUUACUUGGCUAUUUCCUCUCUACCUAUAAUUGACCAAAAUUUUCUGUAGGCUAGCAAUUAGCUUCGCUCCUUCUAGUGCAAGAAACCGCAGGCUGGAUAAGUAGUUCAACAGCUAAGCAGUCAUAAAAUAGUCAUCGUGCAUGUUAACAUUUCUUUCAACUGUAAAACAAAUUCCAGUUUCUACUUGCUUCUUCAUUGUGACAGUAUUACUAAGCAGGCAAGGAUGGGAAUAUUUUGUUAUACCGUGUAUAGUGAAUGUAUUGUACUGUGUCUGUGAAAACUGUGCUUUAAAUUAUAUUUUCAUAUGUUUUGUUGGGGACAGAGCACAUUAAGUUUGAAAGUGACAGAGGUUUUAGAACUGAAGGCAACUUUCUCGAAAUCCUGUCAAGAAAAGCUGCUUAUAAAUGUAAAUGAAAUCACAUUUAAAAUAAACCGUCUCUGACCCAAAAUAAA